UUCAUCGUCCGACAUAAAGACGUUUUUAUUCGACCUUCCAUCCCUCAUUAUCUGAUCUGCGGAGCACCUUUCUGACGCUGGUCUAGUUUUGCGUCCGCUCUUCAACCCGUCCUGAUCCGACCGUACUUUAUCAUUUGGAGAGUUUUCCGGUUUUCAAACAUGCCAGCACGUUCAUAAUUCGAUUGGAAUACAUUAUAUCGGGUCUCUGAUACUCCAGUAUCGCAUGGAAUUAUAUGGGAGUUGAAGGCUGCUUUCGUACGAAAGGACUCGUCCUCAAGACAGCCACUGAGUACAUAUAUCUCUUUUGCAGAUAUAAUAACAAGGCUGCGCAUAAAGAUGGUUGCUAGACGCUCAAGUCAGAGAAGCAGCCUUCCGGCAAAUCUCCGUCGUCAGCCAGAGACCAAAGAUCCACGUCAUUCCUCCCGAAAGAUCUUGAACUUGUCAGCGGGCGAGGAUGGUGAAUGGACUUUGAGUUGUGUUACAAAGCCAUAUCCCGUGUCAUCUCCUGCGGAGACAGGCACACCACUGGGCUCAUCAUUUCGAGCAAAACGCAGACGAGUACAGAAGACUCCUAAUGCGCCAGGCGAGACUGCAGAUUUCAACUCAGACAUAAGCAGAAAUUCAAGCUCGGAUAUCAGUCGGAGAGAAGCUUUUGCUAUGGAGAAAAAGCGUGGAAAUCGCAAAUCUUCACAAAACCAGAGGAAGGAGCUCGCUAAAAACGAGCCCGUACCUCCGGACAAUACCAGCUCCAAUUCUCAUUCGAAGUCCGGCAAGGAUGUUUCCAACGUACGAAGUGAUGAUGAGGCCGCUUCAGAGCCAAAUGCUGGUAAUCCGUCUCAGAAAAAGAGUCUUCGCUUGAUCUUCUCACGGAACCCUGUCGAUGGGAAAACAACACUGAGAGCCGAGAAAGACAUGCCCGUUGCUGUCGGUUUGGGAGAUAGCUCAGCACUCAACACGCCUACUCCAGCAACCAGAAUUGGUCGUGAGAAGCGCAAUGCUUCAAGUAUGAGACAGACGACUGUAGAUGACACCUCGGUCACGGUUGACACUCCUAGUUCUCGCAAUGGAGAUAGGCAGAAUGCUGCCAGAGCGGGCAGGUUUUCUCAACGCGAGGCAAGCAGGAGAAAGACGUUGGAAUCAUACUUUCCUUCAGAAACUCGCAUCCAAAACACGACACCUAAGAGCAAUGAUGACAUGAAGCCUUCGGAGGUCAAGUCAAACAAGGGAAAUACAGAUUCCAAGCUGCGCUUGAAACUGCGACAACCAGCCCCACCCGUCUCAGAUACAAUUGGUCGUAUCGACACUCUCGAAUCACCAGGCGCUGGCCGCCAAAGUCGUCGUCGUGCCGCAAGGAAAGGCGACGAAAGAAGCAAUGAGACUUCCGAUAAAAAUAUGAGCAAAGCUAGCGGUGGAUCUUCAGAAAGUCCAAUCGUAACUCGAACUUCAAGCCGUGUCAGAAAGCCAACUGCUAAAGCUAUCGAGGCUCUCGAGCAGAAGCCAAAAUUGAGAAAGACGGCUGGCGGCUAUGAUAGGCCUCCCUCUUCUGCAGGAAAAGAAGAAGCUCAGAAUUCACCAGAACAUGACCAUACUGAGUCCGUCAAGCCAAACACGCUGCAGUCGUCUGCUGCAGAAGAAGAUUUUGUGGCUAGACAAAUGUACGAGCUGGCCGCCGCUGCUCUUGCACCCGACUUUGAGCUGUCCCCCGAUCAAAAUGCACACAUUAAGCGGCUUCGUGAAGAGUAUGAAUCCAACGAACAAAUGCAGAAUAGCAGUUCUUCUGGAAAGGGAUCGAGCAGCGGUGAUAGAACUUCUGCUAUGGCUCAACCAGAGCCUGUCCUACAGACUGAAAGUGUGGCGCCCCGGCUCGAUCAUGCGGGUGUCUCUCGACCUUGGACUGAUGAGGAUGGGUGGGUACACACAGGUCAGCUGAAUGAAUAUGGCGAGGAGAUUGCCCUCGUGCCUGAGACGUAUACAUGGAUUGAAACGAUCAAUACGCAUGGAGAUAAAGAGCUGCCAAAACCCCCGCCUCAGAUUAAAUCUUUGGAGCAGAUUGAAAAGGACAAGGUUUUUGGCUUUCCGCCACCAAUGGGUCAGCGCAAUCUUCCCCAAGGCGGAGACCAUCCGUUUACCACAGAGAACGUGGAUUUCGAAACCGCGAAGAUCAGAGCUCGGGAGACUGCGAAGAGCAUGGGCCUCACGGUUGAUCGAUCAAUGUCUUUAGCUGAGCUCGAGGCGAUCAUUCAUAGCCACGAUGCUUCUAGCCAGGCAAAGAAGAGGAAACGCGGUGCCGUGGUGGAGUCUAAAACUACUCAGCUAACUCCCCAGCGCAGCACGGGAGCCACACGCAAAAGGCGUCGCACAGAGGGGCCGAUUGUGGUAGAAAAGCCAGCAGAGACUCUGAAGAGGAAGUCAACUGGCACGAAUGCAACAGACAAGACAGUCACAAAGAAGAGACGUGUCUCUGCCCCGGCACAGGCAGAAAGAGUCGAGUAUCCUCAUAGCAUCGACAAGGGAGAGAAUAAAGUCACAACAGCUCCAUCAGACGAUCUAAGCUCUCCUAGCCAAAACGGAACUGGGGCAAACAAGGAUACCGGCGCCGGUGGACGGCCCAGGAGACGGGCUGCAGCUGCGAUGUUAGCUCAGAUCCAGAGUAAUGCGGAGGCCAGAUCUCGUAGGGCGAGAGUCCGCAGGAAGGGAUCUGAGGCCCGGUCUGAUAUUCAGGAAGACAGCGGGCUCGGUAUUGGGGUCGAAGCGAAAGAAGAUGAAGCCAACUGACAUCCUGUGCUGGACACAUGAAUCUCAGGCGGUCCUUAACAGACUCGUAUUGCUAUCUUGUCUGAUGCUACUUGGACCAAUGCGGAACUGUUUACUUCGACGUUUCUUUUGGUAUUGGGGAAGCAUAACUGUUCGAUACCCACGUCAGGACGACGACGUUUAUUAUUCUCACAGGCGAUACACGUUCCAUCUUGUACGGCAACAAGCAGAGUAUCUGUCAUAUUUAUCUUAAUCAAUUUCGGGGAAUGGAAAUAGCUUUGCUAUGCUUAGAUUUGCUAUGCGUGCA